AUGCAGCGGAAGUACGACAUCGUCCUUCUUGGAGCCACAGGCUUCACCGGAGGUCUUAUGGUGGAAUACAUGGCCGCAACGUUUCCAGGAUCCUUGCGAUGGGCGAUUGCGGCCCGGAACAAGGCAAAGCUCGAAGCACUGGCCAGAAAAUUCAAAGUAGAAGCUGCAGGAGGGUCAAUUAUCGUCCUGGAGGUGAACCCUGAAGCAGAGAUCCAGAAUGUUGUAAAAUCAACACGGGUCAUCAUCAACGUUAUUGGUCCAUACCCAACAACUUGUGGACCUGUAGUGUUCAAAACAUGUGCUGAAAACGGUACUGACUAUGUCGACUGGUACCUAUUCUUCAAUAUUCAGCAUUACUUACAACACCAGAUGAUCAUCACGUGUGGCUUGGACGCUGUGCCGCCUGAUCUAACAACAUAUCUCGCUGUGUCCCACAUACGCCAAAUCUUCAACACGCCGACACGCGAAGCCAUUGUUUCAUUGCAAGAGAUUAGGGGCGGAUAUGGGCCAAAUUUUCACUUUUCCGCGCGACCUCGACUACCCAGCACUUUGCGCGAUUUCGUCCGUGUUCUGCCUCUUAUCAGUGUCGGGUUUCUGCUAAGCUUCUCUGUUACAAGAUUUAUCCUGACUCGAUUUAUCUACCCAGAGGGCUAUAGUCCAGACCCCAAGCGGCUCGAGGACUACAGGUUCAGCCAUCGGACACUGACAGUGGCUGAUACAGGAGACGAGUCAACGGCGAAGAGAGCGAUAGUGGACUUCAAAUUUCAGGGCGAUCAGUAUAAGUUUACUGGCAUCGCAAUGGUAGAGGCUGCUGUGACACUUCUUGAGGGUGGGACAGAGGCGCAUCGACUAGGCGGCGAUGUUAUGACGCCGGCAAUGCUUGGAGAUAAGUAUGCCGAAAACUUGCAGCGUCCGGGGUCAGGCGUGGAAAUUUCGAUUAGAGCAGAGGGCUGA